AUGAGUGACAAAGAAAGUAGUGAUGAGAUGUGUUGGUGGAAAUCAACACUUAAGACAUGUACACCACAAGAAUUGAGACAAAUCAUAGACACACCGACUGUUGGUCUCUGUCUUUUGGCUAAUGAUUCUUAUAAUAAAGUAUUUGAUGGCAUUUACAUCGGUGACGAAAUAAUUGCAAUGAAUAUACCAUUACUAAAGUCAUUAUCAAUUAGUCAUGUAUUAAAUGCUUCGUUUGGAGACAAUAUCACUACAAAUGGUUUAUUUAAUUUUGUAAACACUGGACAACAAUAUUAUUCAGAGUCUGGCAUUCAAUUCAUGGGUAUUGAAGCCAUAGAUCACUUAAGUUUCAAUUUAUAUCAUUAUUUCGACAUUUCUGCUAAUUUUAUUGAGUCAGCAAUUAAUGAUUCGGGGAACGUUUUGGUUCAUUGCAAGGAAGGAGUGUCCCGAUCGGUAACUCUUGUGUCCGCAUAUUUGAUGAUCAAAAAAGGUAUGACAGCUCAGCAGUCUAUUCGCAUAAUAAGACAGAACAGAGAAAUAGCACCAAAUGAAGGAUUUUUAAGACAAUUGGCGUUUCUAAAUGAUAUACUCUUUAAUAAAAGUGACAAUAAUUCAUAA